AUGAACCCAAUGAAUGGCCCGUCGGGUGUUCCCGCGCUGUGGCAGGAGGCGCGAAAUGCUGAUGGGAGGACUUACUAUUAUAAUGUCCAGACGAAGGCGACACAGUGGGCGAAGCCGGUCGAGCUGAUGACUCCCGUAGAGCGUGCUCUUUCGGACCAACCUUGGAAAGAGUACACGGCAGAGGGAGGGCGCAAAUACUGGUACAACACGGAGAGCAAGCAAAGCACAUGGGAGAUGCCCGAGGUUUACAAGAAUGCUCUUGCGCGCGCUCCAGCCCCCCGGCCCCCCCGGCUGCGUAACGCUCCCGCUUUUGUAGCAGGCGGCACCAGCUCCUUCUCCCAACCCCCUCAUCGUGAACGUGAGCGCGAGCGUGAUCGUGAUCGUGAUCGCGACCGCGACCGCGACGACUAUGACCGAGGAUAUGGCGACCGUCGUGGAGGAUAUGGUUCCUACGACACCAAUGGAAUGGUAGCUGCUUCACUUCUACCCACCCAGUCCGAGCCUGAGUACAGCUCGAUCGAAGAAGCGGAAAGCGCCUUCAUGAAGAUGCUCAAGCGACACAAUGUCCAACCCGAUUGGACCUGGGAACAGACCAUGCGCGCGACGAUCAAAGACCCGCAGUACCGCUCCCUGAAGAAUCCGAACGACCGCAAGGCAGCUUUUGAGAAAUACGCGGUCGAGGUUCGCAUGCAGGAAAAGGACCGGGCGAAAGAAAGAUUCGCUAAGCUCCGCGCAGAUUUCAAUACUAUGCUGAAGCGGCAUCCUGAAAUCAAGCACUAUAGUCGCUGGAAGAGCAUCCGCCCCAUCAUCGAGGGAGAGACCACGUUCCGAGCUACCAGCGAUGAGAAUGAGCGGCGUCAGCUCUUCGAGGAGUAUGUAAUUGAGCUCAAGAAGGCGCAUGUCGAGCAUGAGUCUGUGACCCGAAAGGCAGCCAUGGACGAGCUCGUCACCAUUCUCAACUCUCUCAAAUUGGAGCCGUAUACGCGAUGGGCGGAGGCUCAGGCUGUCAUUGAGUCCCAUGAUAAGGUCCAGGGCGACGAUAAGUUCAAGACCCUAAGCAAGUCCGAUAUUUUGACUGCGUUUGAGAACCACAUUAAGACUCUGGAGCGCGCCUUCAACGACGCCCGCCAGCAGCAGAAGGCAGUCAGAGCAAGAAAGGAGCGCCGGAAUCGUGAAGGCUUCUUGGAGCUACUGAAGGAGCUGAAGUCUCAAGGAAAAAUCAAUGCGGGCAGUAAGUGGAUGGAAAUCUGCCCUUUAGUCCAAAAUGAUCCGAGGUAUCAGGCCGUGCUGGGUCAAUCUGGGUCUACCCCUCUCGAUCUGUUCUGGGAUAUGGUCGAGGAAGAGGAGCGCUCCCUCCGCGGCCCUCGCAAUGAUGUUCUGGAUGUCCUUGAUGAUAAACGCUACGAGGUUACGUCCAAAACUACAUUUGAAGAGUUCAACGAGAUCAUGGUCUCUGAUCGACGGACAUCCAAGAUUGAUGAGAACAUCUUGCUCCUCAUUUUCCAGCGCAUUCAAGAGAAGGCGAUUCGUCGUGAUGAAGAAGAGAAGCAUGCAGCUGAUCGCCAUCAGCGCCGUGCCGUUGACGCCCUGCGUUCUCGAAUUAAGCGCCUCGAACCUCCUGUGCGCCUAACAGAUACCUGGGAUGAGGUCAAGCCUCGUCUUGAGAAGUACGAAGAGUACAAAGCUGUCGAAUCCGAUGAGCUUCGCGAGUCUGCCUUCGAGAAGAUUAUCCGCCGAUUAAAGGAAAAGGAAGAAGACGAAAAGGAUCGUGACCUUCGUGAUCGCAGCCGCCGCGACUAUGACCGCGGUGAUCGCGACUACCGCAGCAGCCGCGGAGAACGACGUGGCGGCAGCCGGGCCAGUCGCAGCCCAGAGCCGGAUGCGUAUGAGGCAGACCGACGCAAAGCACAGGCGGACCGCGAAAGGUCAUACCGCAAGGCUAGUGGGUUCUCCCCACCCCGCGAUCGCCGUGAUGACCGUGAGCGCGACAGAGAUCGCGAUCGUCAUCGUGAACGUGACAGAGCAGAUCGCGACUACGACCGCCGUUCUGGCAGGGGAGAGGACGAGCGCGAGCGCCUCUACCGCACGCGCGGUGAUCCCCGCGGUGGCCGCGACGAGCUUGACUAUGGCGGUGAUACCCGAAGCACAGGGAGCGUGGACCGCAGACGCAGACGGGAGAGCGACUCUGAGAGUGUGGCUAGCCGGUCGGUGAAGCGGUAUCGCCGGGAUAGCCGUGAACGGGAUCGGAGUAAGGGUCCCCGACGUGGUGGACGGGAACGCUCUGUGAUUCCGGAAGAGGAGGCGACAAAGGAUGAGAAGGCUAUUCAUUCUGGCAGUGAGGAGGGCGAAAUUGAGGAGGAUUAG